AGAGCAGACACUGAACAAACACAUGCUGUGUAGAUCAGAGCUUAAACUAGUUUGAUUUCUAAGGAAUGAAACUCAGACAGCCGUUGUUACAGAGAGGAGAAAUGGCGCAGAAAGGAGUUCAACUAGACCGGGAGGCCUUCUCUUGUUCAAUCUGUCUGGAUCUCCUGAAGGAUCCGGUUGCUAUUCCCUGUGGACAUAGUUACUGUCUGAACUGUAUUAAAAGCCACUGGGACACAGAGGAUGAGAAGACAAUCUACAGCUGCCCUCAGUGUAGGCAGACCUUCACACCAAGGCCUGUUCUGAGGAAAAACACCAUGUUAGCAGUUUUAGUGGAGGAGCUGAAGAAGACUGGACUCCAAGCUGCUCCUGCUGAUCACUGCUAUGCUGGACCUGAUGAUGUGGCCUGUGAUGUCUGCACCGGGAGGAAACUGAAAGCCUGUAAGUCCUGUCUGCAAUGUCUGGCCUCUUACUGUGAGAAACACCUCCAGCCUCAUUAUGAACUACCUGUCUUUGAAAAACACAAGCUAGUGGAGCCCUCCAAGAAGCUCCAGGAGAACGUCUGCUCUCAUCAUAAUGAGGAGAUGAAAGUAUUUUGUCGUACUGAUCAGCAGUCUAUCUGUUAUCUCUGUUUAAUGGACGAACACAAAGGUCAUGACACAGUCUCAGCUGCAGCAGAAAGGAGCGAGAAGCAGAGAGAGCUCGAGGUGAGUCAACAAAACAUCCAGCAGAGAAUCCAGGACAGAGAGAAAGAUGUGAAGCUGCUUCAACAGGAGGUGGAGGCUAUCAAUGGCUUCGCUGAUAAAACAGUGGGGAACAGUGAGAAGAUGUUCACUGAGCUGAUCCGUCUCAUGGAGAAAAGAUGCUCUGAUGUGAAGCAGCAGGUCAGAUCCCAGCAGCAAACUGAAGUGAGUCGAGUCAGAGAGCUUCAGGAGAAGCUGGAGCAGGAGAUCACUGAGCUGAAGAGGAAAGACGCUGAACUGGAGAAGCUCUCACACACAGAAGAUCACAACCAGUUUCUACACGACUACCCCUCACUGUCACCACUCAGUGAAUCUACACACUCAUCCAGCAUCAAGAUCCGUCCUCUGAGGUUCUUUGAGGAUGUGACAGCAGCUGUGUCAGAAGUCAGAGAUAAACUACAGGACGUCCUGAGAGAGAAAUGGACAAACAUCUCACCGACAAUGACUGAAGUGGAUGUUUUACUGUCAGAACCAGAGCCCAAGACCAGAGCUGAGUUCUUAAAAUAUUCAUCUGACAUCACACUGGAUCCAAACACAGCACAAACACGGCUGUUAUUAUCUGAUGGGAACAGAAAAGUAACAGUAAUGAGAGAACAACAGUCUUAUUCUAGUCACCCAGACAGAUUCACUUAUUGGUGUCAGGUCCUGAGUAAAGAGAGUCUGAUGGGACGUUGUUACUGGGAAGUGGAGUUGAGAGGAGAAGUAGUUUAUGUAGCAGUCACAUACAAGAAUAUCAGCAGAGCAGGGAGAUCAGAUGAAUGUCUGUUUGGACGUAAUGACAAAUCUUGGGCGUUAGAUUGUGACAGCAACAGUUAUAACUUUUGGUACAACAAAGUCAUCACUCCUGUCUCAGGUCCUCAGUCCUCCAGAGUAGGAGUGUACCUGGAUCACAAAGCAGGUAUUCUGUCCUUCUACAGCAUCUCUGAAACCAUGACUCUCCUCCACAGAGUCCAGACCACAUUCACUCAGCCUCUACAUGCUGGACUCUGGUUUUAUAAUUUUGAAGACUCUGCUGAGUUGUGUAAGCUGAAGUAGACAGAAGUCAUUAGGGGACAAUGUGUGAACAUCUGUGUUUUUUUUCCAUGUUUCUAAAGAAAGCUGAUUAUACUUUUCUUCACUGCACAUACUACGGUACUUUGACGACACCAGGAAAGCCACAUUUCUGUAUUUC